AAUUGAAGCACAUUUAUUCAAGUGCGCAUUAUCAAGAAACGCAUAAUUAUUACUCAGACAAGUACACUAUAGUUUCAUUCAUUUACUCACUCUCCUGAAGACUAUACUAUGCCAGUAUUAUGUGCUGUGUGCUCUACUAACAAUGCUGCUCUGAAGAGGCCCAAAACUGGACAAGUCAUUUGUAAAGAAUGCUUCUACGCAGCCUUCGAAGAUGAAGUCCAUCGCACUAUUGUUACACACCAACUAUUCAGCCCUGGAGAGACGAUAGCUAUUGGAGCAUCGGGAGGAAAAGACUCGACUGUGCUGGCUCAUAUCAUGAAGACACUCAACGAUAGACAUAGUUACGGUCUGAACCUUAUACUCCUCUCGAUUGACGAAGGGAUCACCGGUUACCGUGACGAUUCCUUGGAGACGGUGAAACGAAAUCAAGUCCAGUACGACUUACCGCUGAAGGUUCUCUCAUACAAGGAACUCUAUGGAUGGACUAUGGACGCUAUUGUACAACAAAUAGGAAUGAAAAACAAUUGUACUUUCUGUGGCGUGUUUAGACGACAAGCGUUGGACCGAGGAGCCAUGGGUCUAAAGGUCGACAAGAUAGUGACUGGACACAACGCUGACGAUAUUGCCGAGACUGUACUCAUGAAUAUACUGAGAGGAGAUAUUGCUCGACUUAGACGCUGUACCGCUAUCACCACGGGAACGGAGGGGGCCAUACCACGCUCGAAGCCAUUCAAAUACACCUACGAGAAAGAAAUUGUUAUGUACGCUUAUUUUAAGAAACUGGACUACUUUUCCACCGAGUGUGUGUACUCACCCAACGCGUACAGAGGCCACGCUCGGGCCUAUCUCAAAGAUCUGGAAUCAAUCCGUCCGAGUGCUAUUAUCGAUAUUAUCCAUUCCGGGGACAGCCUGUCUGUGAAAUCCGAUGUUAAAAUGCCCAUACAAGGAACGUGCAGUCGCUGUGGUUACAUCUCAAGCCAAGAGCUCUGCAAAGCUUGCAUUCUAUUGGAGGGAUUAAAUCGAGGUUUGCCUAAACUAGGGAUUGGCAAAGUGUCAGGGAGCACCCUCUCCUCGCAUAUACGAAAGAUGGAGCUGAAAGAAACGGAUGAUCAAUCUUCAGAGAGUUGCUCGUGUGCUGGGGAGGAAGGAAACAAAGAAGGGAACAAAGAUGGCUGCUGCUCUGGAGAAAGAACUGUUAGCAGUGUCACAGUAGGUGAUAGCAAACACCUGCUGGACUUUUAAAUUAUGUGUGUUAAUGUUUCUUUCCACGUACAUUAUUUAUCCAUUAAUCUACAUGCCAAAUAAUAAUGAU